ACGUUUGGGGCCGUUUUUCUCCUUCGUUUCCAAUUUCCCACUCUGAUUUUUGGCCAUUUCUCUUUCGAUAUACGUUCUGAAACCUUCGAACUUGGAGUCGGAGAUCGAAUUCGGCGUCUUCUCUGGCGUGUUGAAGAACGGAACAGUGAAGAACACUUCUGGUAGUGUCUUCAUAACAGAGAACAAAAUGAUGAAUUUUGCAGCAUCUCUAUGCAGAAGGAUGAAUAUCAAGGAGCUUGUCUCGAAUGCUCCUGUUUACAGAAACUCAAGUGAUGUCUCUGGAGAAGGAUUGAGUCUGGUUUUCAGACGAUGGGCUACCAAAAAGACAGCAGGAUCUACAAAGAAUGGAAGAGACUCAAAACCCAAGAAUCUUGGUGUCAAGAAAUUUGGUGGUGAGAGAGUAAUACCUGGAAACAUCAUUGUCAGGCAACGUGGUACCCGAUUUCAUCCGGGAAACUACGUUGGACUUGGGAAAGAUCAUACUCUUUUUGCCUUGAAAGAAGGCUGGGUGAAGUUUGAAAGAAACAAACUGACUGGUCGCAAGUGGGUGCAUGUUGAGCCCAAGGAAGGUCAUGUCCUCCACCCUGUGUACGCAAACGUGGCUGCCACUGAACCAAAAGUAGCUGCCUAAAUCUGAUGCACCAAGUCUUACAAGUUGAGACUGAAUUCGGGUUACUUCUCAAACCUUAUGCAAACUUCUCAUACGUGCUUGGGAACCCUUGGAUGCUGUGUUCUUUUAGUGUUUUCUUAUCAGGUUUUUAGUUAAAUUGUAAUUGUAAUGGACGAGGUAAUUCUUUUAGAACGAGUCAAUGAUUGGCUGCUGAUUAAAGAAAGAUAUCGACAAGCUGUGGUUUUAUUGAAAAGCAUGAUAGCUGCUUUUUUGUAUUAUUAAAAGUCAAUUUCAUUCAAAUAAAAUGAGCUGCUUGUCCAUUGUUCUAUUA